CACAGUCGUUUGGUCCCGGACUCCCAGUUUCUGCUCCGCCAUUUUCGUGAGCGCCAAAGGCAUCCAGUGCUAAUUCAGUCAGCCGAUCUGGUCAUACCAGCCUUCUUGGUUUGCUGUAGCAAAUUUAGGUUUGUCUGAAUCUUCACCAGCGCAACAAAAUGUCGAGCGAGCAGGGUGACAAUAACGCCGAGACAGCUACCGAGCAGCAGCAGCAGCAGCAACAACAGCAGCAGCAGCAGCAGGAGGAAGUUAAUGGGAAACCCAAGAACGAGUCCAGUUCAAGCAGGAAGGAGAGACCCCCCAAGAGAGGCGGAGGGGGUCGCUUUGAGCCCUAUGGCAACGUCAACAAACGAUACCGAGUGUUUGUCAGCAACAUCCCCUACGAUGUGAAAUGGCAGGCCCUCAAAGACCUGAUGAAAGAGAAAGUGGGUGAGGUAACGUACGUGGAACACUUAAUGGACGCAGAAGGCAAAUCGAGGGGUUGUGCCGUUGUUGAGUUCAGGACGGAAGAACUUAUGAAGAGAGCGGUGGAAACGGUCAACAAGCACAACCUUAACGGACGGCCUCUUAAAGUGAAGGAGGAUCCUGAUGGCAUCAUUGCUCAGAGAGAGAUUAGCAAGUCUCAGCAAGGCGGAGCUCACCCCGGAGGCCAUGGCGGGAUGGGAGGAAUGGGUGGGAUGGGGGGCAUGGAUCGACCGGGACCGGGAGCUCCCAUGGUCAACAUUCCUCCCAGCCUGUUGAACAACCCCAACAUCCCCAAUGAGAUCAUUCACGGGCUCCAGAGCGGCAGGAUUGGAAGCACCGUUUUUGUGGCAAACCUGGAUUACAAAGUGGGAUGGAAGAAGCUGAAAGAGGUGUUCGGCAUGGCCGGGGUUGUGGUGCGGUCUGACAUUCUGGAGGACAGGGAUGGGAAAAGCAGAGGCAUGGGCACGGUGACGUUUGAAAUGCCCAUCGAAGCAGUCCAAGCUGUCUCUAUGUUCAACGGCCAGCUCUUGUUCAACAGGACCAUGCAUGUCAAGCUGGAUGAGAAAUCCCUCCCUAAAGACUUCGGCCAACCGGACAGAGGGUCCGCUCUUCCCCGUGGCCUGAGUGGUAUUGGUCUGGGCCUGGGACCCGGCGGUCAGCCUAUCGAUGCGACCAUGCUCAACAGAGGAGGUGGCGGGAUGGGGAACAUGGGCCCCGGAGGAAUGGACGGUAUGGGCUUUGGCAAUGUGGGCAAUCGCAUGGGAGGAGGGAUGGAGAACUUUGGCGGGAUGAACAUGGACCGUUUCGGGUCUUCAGGAAUGGGACGGAUGAACGAGAUGGACCGUGGGAUUGGUGGUGCUUUUGACAGGGAUUUUGGGCGAAAUGAAAUGGGAAUGUCUCGCAAUAAUUUGGGAGACUCCUUUGAAAGAGGAAUGGGAAACUCCCUCGGCAUGGACCGCAUGAACUCCGGAAUGGACCGCCUAGGGGGCAGCUUGGAUCGCAUGGGGGGAAUGGACCGGAUGGGCAUGGACAGGAUUGACCGCGUCUCCGACCUGGACAGGAUGGGCACCGGCUUUGACCGCAUGGGCUCUGGGAUGGACCGCCUGGGGCCGGGCAUGGACAGGCUCGGACCAGGCCUGGACCGCAUGUCGUCGAGCAUGGACCGCCUCGGCCCCGGAGGGUUCGACCGCCUCGGCCCGUCGAGUCUGGAUCGCAUGGGAAGCAGCAUGGACUUUGGCUCCUCCAUGGGCAUGGAUCGCAUGGGCAACGCCGGGCUCGAUAGAAUGGGAAGCAGCUUUGACCGCAUGGGGUCCGCCGGAGGGCUCGAGCGUUUCUCCUCCGGGGGGCUUGACCGGAUGGGCUCCGGCAUGGACCGGAUGGGAUCCGGAGGGGUCGGCGGUCAGUUUGAUCGCGCUGGCGAUAUGGACCGCGGGUUCGGCGGGAAUUCCUUCGGGGGAGCUGGAGCCGGAGGGCCCGUGGGCGGAGGAGGCAACAUGAGAAAGGGAUGCCAGAUCUUUGUCAGAAAUCUGCCUUUUGAUUUCACCUGGAAGAUGCUGAAGGACACCUUUAAUACAUGUGGAAUGGUCCAGUAUGCCGACAUCAAGAUGGAAAACGGGAAAUCCAAGGGCUGUGGCGUGGUGCGUUUUGACAACCCUGAAACCGCUGAGCGCGCCUGCAGGACCAUGAACGGCUAUCGUCUGAGUGGAAGAGAGAUUGACGUUAGGAUCGAUAGGAACGCAUAAUUCAAAUCUUCGUUCGUUAUGUCUCACACAUUCUUGAUAGAGAGAUUGGUCCCUCAAUUAUACAUGGUUUAGUAGAUAUCUGUAGAAGUUGUUUUUUUAAGUUAGCAAUUUUAGUUAGCCGAUUGUAACAGUAGAUGUGUUCUACUUUUUAGUGACCAAACAAUGUUUUUGUUUGUUCUCUUUUAUUUUCUCUCGCAUCACCUGUCCUGAUCUUUGUCCUAUAAGGUGUUUUGCUAAAUAAAUCUCAAGAUGUAUAAAAUG